AUGGCUACUAAGAAGGAACCUACUACUGAAGAGGAUUGGAUGGAUAUGGAGAAGGAAUAUUGGCGAAACAUCGCAUCGUCUAGGGAGAAGGAUGAUGCCGCCCGAAACAAAGAGUAUGCCAUGCACCAAGACGAACUUAGGAGGCGCCUCGUGGACUGUUACGACAAGAAGGCCCGUCUUGAGCAAGACCUUCAAAACGUAAUCGUGAGCAUUGAACACUACGAGGAGCGACAGGAACGGGUGGCUCAAGACUUUGAAGAUGAGAGUAUCCGUAUGGCGAAGAAACGUCGAGAAGAAGAUCAUGCUCAGCAAGAAUGGUUCGUCCGCUCGCGCGAUAAUGCCGUAUCCAAAGAAAAUGCUCGACCGAAGAGUAGCAGCAGCAGCCGCCGCCAAAGCAACCGCGACACAGCCACUUCUCAAGCUAAUGGAGUUGGUUGGACUAGCAUCAACGGCUCUAAGAGACGCAGCCGCCGAGAAGAGGACGAAGAGCCUCCAGCAGAUCCGGGCAAUCUUCUAAGCAGCAUUUACCAUAAUCCUGUGGAUGAGUCCGACUCUAUUAAUGGUAGAGCCAUGCCCUUGCGCAGUGGUAACCGUGCUCGGCCAGGCCCGGGUCCGAACGGGGUAGGAAGCGAGAUGGAUCCUAAUACCACUGAGGGUUACGCAGCGAGUCGAACUAAAGAUAGGCUUCUAAAGCCCAAGCAACGACAUAGUCUUCCUAGCUUUCCUUCAUCGGGCCGAUCGCUAAAUGGAAAGACACCCGGCUCUGACUCUGGCACUUCUAAGACCAAGUCUCCGCCCAGCCGAAAAUCAUUGCCGAGUGCGAAGGGUUCUGUCCCCCUGACGGAAAAUCCGACACUACCUAUUAGUGCUGGCCAAGAGAUCACUCGUGAUAAGUUGGUCUUCAAAGACGAUGGCCACGUUAUUACCGAACCAGCCAUGUAUGCUGGCAUUCCUCUCGAGCGAAUCGACCACAACCACCCGUAUUGGGAUCCCGAGUGGGAGCCGUUAGAGGCGAUUAUCCAGCCCCAACUCGACAAAUGGAAGGAGAAGCUGGAUCAACUUAGACGAUCGAAUGAAUCCCCACGCCAUACCAUCUUCCUCGCCAAUCGCCAAGUUAACCGAGGCCAAUCUGUUAUUGACUUUAUAAAAGAUGAAUCAUGGCAUCCCUACCAAUUCGUGGGCAAGGACAUGAUGGGUAAAUUCUACAAGACGCUCGUCAAUUACGACACCAUGUUUCGAUUGGUCAACGUACACGAGGAGCUGAAGAAAUUUGACCUCGAAGUGACUUCACUCGAGUGGCUACGCCAACGCAUGUAUGAUAUUGCGGAAGCUCAGGGAGAUAAGUUCAACCUAUCCAAGACUAUGCACGACUUGUAUCACGAUGCCUCGCUUAAAUAUCUGAGAGAGAAGCAUGGAUUUGGAAACAUCGGAAGGCCGUCGGGAUACAAACUGAACAAGGACCCAGAAAAGGCCGCGGCCAAGAAGUUUAAGCAGGAGGCUAAGCAAGAGGCAAACCAGGAAAUUAAGCAGGAGUCUGGUUCAAUACGACGCAAAGCCCGGCGAUCUAUCGGCCAGGUAGACCCUGACGAUACGCCAAGCAUAGAUGAUAUGCAAAGGGGGCUUGAGCAGCCACAGUCCGAGCCCUUGGAACCGGUAACACCUCGCUUGCAGAAACGUCAACGAAUAGAGCCCGUGCUUACUGUGGAGGAGCCCGAGGAUGAUGACCUCGAACACAGCGGCUGGACAUCGACAGACUCUUUCUCCGCAGGCCGAAUCAUGCAUCUUGACUGGCGCGUAUACCAAAUUAAGACGCGAGCUCUGACCACCAGUCCGGAGGUGACGCAGUACUGGACCUGGAAACAGGAGAAGAACCUGUUCGAGCACCAGGUGUUGCGAGAUGUACAUCCAAAGGUUACCUGGGGCUUCUACCAAAAGCCGAUCAACUUUGAUUUGUCUUUGGAGGAAAUCAUUGAAAUAAAGUAUGCGCCAGACAGCCAAAAGAUAAUUGUGUACAUCACCGACGAGAAGCGCGGCAACACUCUGGCGUACUUCAAGCGAGAGCGAACUAAGAAGCGCUUCCUCUCAUUUGCGAAGAAGAAGGGGAUCAAACUUGCCAAGAGCACUCGCCUGCAAGUCGAGAAGCUAUGGGAGACGAUGGAGUCGUUGACGCUGCCUGACGAGGACUCGGAAACUUGA